GAGGGAGGGCAGCAGGCAGGAUCACAGAGAUCAUCUGGAGUGAAUAGUAGGCUAUCAGAGAGAAAGUUCAUGUUGGAGCUGCAGAUUCGUCAGUGGUUCAGGAGAGCAUGGCCUCUCUGUAAAGUGGAGAGGUUCAGUCAGCCAACGACUCUGAAGGAAAUGAACAUUAUCAGGCGUCUCUACUGAUUUGCCAAUAAAGCUGAAGGUAUAUUUAUGAGCCAUUAUGGCAGACUGGAACCUGUUGGGGAAGCUGCUGGAGAGUGCCCAGGAACACUCCACCGUUGUGGGCAAAGUGUGGCUCACAGUGGUGUUUAUCUUCCGCAUCCUGGUGCUGGGAGCCGCCGCUGAGAAGGUGUGGGGCGACGAGCAGUCCGGCUUCACGUGCGACACCAAGCAGCCCGGUUGUCAGAACGUCUGCUAUGACAAGACCUUCCCCAUCUCUCACAUCCGCUUCUGGGUGAUGCAGAUCAUCUUCGUCUCCACGCCCACUCUCAUUUACCUGGGCCACAUAAUUCAUCUGGUCCGCAUGGAGGAAAAGGAGAACCAGAAACUGAAGGACGUUGCCAUGCAGCAUGAAAACCAGCAGCAGUUACUUAGCAAUAAGCCCAAAAAGGCCCCAGUUAAAGACAACCAGGGCCACGUGCGCUUGCAAGGUGCACUGCUGCGAACCUACGUCUUCAACAUUGUUUUUAAGACACUUUUCGAAGUGGCAUUUAUUGUAGCUCAGUAUUUCCUGUAUGGUUUUGAGCUCAAGCCGAUGUACACCUGCGACCGCUGGCCGUGUCCCAACAUGGUGAACUGCUACAUCUCCAGACCCACUGAGAAGACCAUCUUCAUCCUCUUCAUGCUGGCUGUGGCCUGCGUCUCCCUGCUGCUCAACCUGGUGGAAAUGUACCAUCUAGGUUUCACAAAAUGCCACCAGGGUCUUCGUUACAGACGAUCUCGGGCUGCAAAGGAGGCUCCCAAAGUCCUCACCGAGGCAGCCAUGCCCUUCGUCCCCAACUACAACUACUUCGCUGGUCACCAUGCAGUGUCUGAACCUUUCCCUACACACUCAAAGUGCAGCAUGGCAGAGCCCAACUCUGCCUACGGCCCCUACAACAGCAAAGCGGUUUACAAGCAGAACCGAGAUAAUAUGGCCGUGGAGAGGAAAGGUAAAGCAGAGGGAGAUGAUCCGAAGGAGAGGAAAGCCUCCAGUUCUGUCUUUGAGAUGCCCGUUGAUAAAUCGCGCAGGAACAGUCAGUCUAGCAAACACAGCAGCAACAAGAGCAGGCUGGACGACCUGAAGGUGUGAACACCUUCUGUGUUGUAAUCCAGCGCUCAUGAACAGCAGGAGAGGCCACGAUUAGCCUGUGGAAAUGUUUGCAUGAGUGUGGAGGGGACAAAAUACUGAGCGAACAUGAAGAUACUGUAGCGCUCGUAAGUUUGAAAAUCAAGAUCUGAUGGCAGAACAAGCACGGAGUAGAUUUUUAUCAGAGCUCUCCAGCUCACAGGACGUUUCACUGUGAGAAGUCAUUACAGCAGGAUACACCCAGUAUUUCUGGGUUGACAUUUGAAUGAAUUUUACUUUGCUUUUACUAUGAGUAUGCAUGUUAUAGAUGAUUUUGAAAAUUGCAAGCAAAAAAAAAUAAACUCCUUGAGAUUGUUUACUGUGUUACAAAAACUGUGAGAUGCACCGAAAAGAUUAGAAAAGUUUUUUAAAAGUGCUGCAGAAAUGAAGCUUGUUGUCAUGUUACUGUCUAUUGUUCAAUGUCAUUUGGAUUUCCUCCAAAAAUAUAUAGUAUGGUGACUUACAUUUGUGAAUGUGUACUUGGAUUAAACUGAUGUGCAGUAAAGGA